AUGGCGUCAGAACUCAGUGCCGGUUCCCUCUUCAAUGUCGAUGGCGUUAUCGCAUUGGUAACAGGUGGUGCUACUGGCAUUGGUCUCAUGUUCGUCAAAGCUCUCCUUCAAAAUGGCGCCUCCAAAGUAUACAUCGCUGGCAGAAGAAAGGAGAAGCUGGACGAGGUAGUCCGUUCAUUGGGCGACAGGGUCGUUGGAAUUCAGUGCGACGUCACGUCCAAGGAGGAUCUCCAGAAUGCUGUGUCACAUGUUGAAAAGGAUGCUGGAUACAUCAAUCUUUUGGUCUGCAACAGCGGUAUUGGGGGACCCCAGGUCAAGCCCAUCACUCCCGAAACUUCCUUGGAGGAAUGGGCAAAGUCCAACUUUGACACGGAUUUCGACGCUUACGUCAACACGUUUGCCAUCAACACUGCCUCGGUCUGGUUCACUAGCAUGGUAUUCCUCGGGCUUCUGAAGAAAGGCAACGAGAAAGCCAACGUUGACCAGACGUCGCAAAUUAUUGUCACUAGCUCUAUUGCUGCCUUUAACAAAAAGGCUCCUGGUGGUUGGGCUUACGGACAGUCUAAAGCGGCUGCCGUUCUUGCCGCUAAGCAACUCGCAGUCGCUCUACCUCAGUGGAACAUUCGUGCCAAUUGUAUCUGCCCAGGAUUAUUCCCUAGUGAAAUGUCUGAGCCAAUCGUCAAGAUGUAUUCAGAUGAAUCUGGACAACCUGGUGCGAUUCCAACAUCAAUUGCGCCGAUUCGAAGAAUGGGAGACGAAAAGGACAUGUCAGGAACGUUUCUGUAUCUUGCAUCGAGAGCAGGUGGAUAUUGCAAUGGCGCAGUUAUAGUGGUUGAUGGUGGUCGUUUGGGCAACUUCCCCACUACAAAUUAG